CAAUAACUCAUCUAUCUCUUCAUAUCUUGCUGGCUUAUUAGCUUAGCUAGAACCAAAACCCCAUUCCCCAAACUCCAAGCCAUUUUCUUCUCCCAGAUAUACCAUCCAUCACUUUGUAUAUCACCGGCGAUCCUAUCUUCCUAGCUUUUCUUUUUCAACAUGUCAGCAGCGGCGGCUGCGGCUGCUGCAGCGGUAUUGCUGGGCCAUUCGAGCUCCAGCAACAGCAGUUCCAGCGCUGAGACGUACCACCAUCUCCAUCAUCACCAAGCUUUCAUGGCGCCUUCUCUGCCGGUGGUUCCUCAGCUGAGUCGUUACGAGUCGCAGAAGAGGAGGGACUGGAUCACUUUUGGGCAGUAUCUGAAAAACCACCGCCCGCCGCUGACACUGUCACGGUGCAGCGGGGCCCAUGUGUUGGAGUUUCUGAGGUACUUGGACCAGUUCGGGAAGACUAAGGUCCACGGUAGUAGCUGCCCUUUCUUCGGCCACCCCAACCCUCCGGCGCCGUGUCCUUGCCCUCUGCGUCAGGCGUGGGGAAGCCUGGACGCGCUCAUUGGACGGCUGAGGGCGGCGUUUGAGGAGAACGGCGGGCUGCCUGAGACAAACCCGUUCGGCGCACGCGCGGUGAGGCUGUACCUGAGGGAAGUGAGGGAUACGCAGGCCAAGGCUAGAGGGAUUGCUUAUGAGAAGAAGAAGCGAAAGAAGCCACUGCCACCACAAGGGACAGAACUGCUGCAGCAGCAUGAGGAACAAAGGCAACGUGGUAAUUUCGGUUCAGGUUACGGUGGUGCUGGGGGUGGGGGUGUCUCGGCUCAACCAAAUGGGGUUAUGUUUGGUGGAGCUUCGUCUACUGCUGCGAGAGGAUCCAUGAUGCCGCUAUCAGUGUUGAACUGCUAAUCUACUUAGUACUAUGAACGCCAGGCCUUUAUAUUCUGUGGUUAGCCUUAAAAUAUUUAGCAGAUGAUGAAUAUUAGAUCUUUAAUUAGCUCUUGUGUUCAUGUUGUUGUGUCUCAACUGAUUUUUUGAUCAGUGAUCGAACGUGAAAAGGAAUUUCAUGGCUAA